AUUAAUGCGAGGUUUUAAAAACACAUUUUCAAUUUUCUCGAUAUUUUUUCAUUGGCUUCAAAGAUGCGAAAGUCAGAAUUUCCAAGAGUGGUCAAAACCAAGGUAAUGGUUAGGAAAAAACUUACAAAGAAAAUCGAAAAAGACGACGUGGAAAAGCAAAUGGAAGACGACGUACUACAAAAGGAAGAAGUAAAAGAGUCAUUGGCUUAUAAAGUUAUUUCAGAGGAUCAAACAAACGCUCUAAAAGAACUCACACCCCGUGAGCUCGAAGCAAAACUUGCCGAGAUUCUGAACCUCACCAACUACCACAUUUCUCUUCCUGAAGCUUGUGUUCUAGAUUAUUAUGUGGCUGGAUUUUGGUUUACAAAAGAAGAAAAUUUCAACAACCAGCAGACUUCUGCAUUCUUCACGCUUUUAAAAAUAUUAGUAGAAAAUAUAAAAGACAAGCAUAUGUCACUGGCUGAGAGUCUAGUAGAGUUCAAGAGGCUACUUGUUGGAAUCGGAAUGGAGAACUGUCCUAAGAGUGGAGGACUUGAAUGCUUUGAUAUCAGCCAAGCCAAAGUCAUUACAAAUUAUUUUACCGAUAGUUUGUUUCAGCAUUUUAAACUCUACGAGUUUUUGUUUACUCAAGAACCUUCAGAAGAGGUCAUAACUACCGAGGUGAAAGUAGAAGUACCACCAAUGGCAGAUAUUCCCUUCCCUCCACCACUGGACGAGGGAAUGACAGAAGACCUUUGGCGGGAGUACAUCAUGACCCCACCCACCACACCUGAACCCGAGACAAAUGAUGAGGCUGGAGAAAAUGAAGAAGUUUCAAAAGAAAAAGGAAAAACAGAUGAAAUUGCUAAAGAUAUACUCACUACCAUCAAACCAGAACACAUCAAAACUAUCAUUCGAAAGACAGCUGACGGCAUAUUCGAAAAUUUCAAGAUUGAAGUUGAAACAAAGCUGAAAGAAAGGGAAAAUAAUUAUGCUGCUAAGAUCACUAAAAGAUAAAUGUCUAGCAGCUUUACAUAUGUAUGGUUGGGAAGAUUUCUCUUGACAAGCUCACCCUUCAGUGUUUUUAUGUACAUAAAUUUGUAUAUAGUAUACAUUUAUCAUAGAAAAUAAAGUGUGACAUUGA